CUUCGAUCACUCAACUGAUGUGGUGAAAAAUCGGUUUCAGACAAUAUCUCGAUAGUCUUGGUGUGGUGAUAAAUCGGUUUCAAGCAACAACAUUUGGAUAUCCUAUCUAUCCUAUCCGAUGAGUAAGGAAUUCAAUGCCAAGCGGCGGCCCCGCGGAACCAAGCCUCGUGGCGGUGGAGCACCCGGGAAGGCCUCUCAUCCCGAUCCACCGAAAAUCACCGCCAUGAACUCAGUAAAUACCACCAAGAAGACCUCGACUAAAAGCCCUAACCAAAACUCGAGGAAACCCGCAUCCAAGACCUCCAACAAGAACUUGAGAAGUGCCAACGGAUCCGAAGGCACGGCUCAGUCUCAGACUCAGUCUCAGGAUAAGGCUCAAGGUCAAGUCAAAGAACAAGGUCAAGGUCAGGAGGUGAAAGUGGAGAAUAAGAAUUACAAUGUGCCCCUCGAUCGCAUUGAACAGCACCGCCAUUUCGGGGUCUAUUUAUCCCGAAACCGCUUCGAUGCCAUCCAAUUGCUCACCCGGAAUACAAGUUCCAGUUCGGAUGAUUACGGAGAACAGCGUAUCUCUUCGGAUUUCCGUGGAAAACGUUGUGAAUUCCGUGCCUGGUCACCAUUUCAAUCCAAACUGGCUGCCGGAAUCAUGGGAGGUGCCUGUGAUUUGCAUCUGCGAAGUGGGUCAAAGGUGCUUUACUUGGGUGCUGGUUUCGGGCGAUCGGUGUCCCACAUCUCGGAUAUAGUGGGUGAAUCUGGGAUGGUCUAUGCCGUGGAGCAGGGUCCUUGGGCGGGUCGUCAGUUGACUACCCUGGCCAAUAGCCGUUCGAAUAUUGUACCGGUUGUCGAGGAUGCCACCAUGCCGUAUAAGUACCGUCUUGAGGUCCCCGCCUGCAUUGACAUUAUCUUCUCCGAUUUACCACAGGCGGAUCAGAUUCGUUCCCUGAUGCUAAAUGCUAGACAUUUCCUAGUACCUGGUGGUCACUUUGUGGUCUACUUACAAUCGGCCAACACCAAUGGUGGGGUGUCCAAUAAGGAGGCCUUUGAAGCCGAUAAGGAGCUUCUUAGGCAGCACCAGUUGGAACCCAUUGAACUGGUUCUCUUGGAGCCCUUCAAACCCGGUUACGCCCUCAUUGUGGGCGUGUCCACGCGCAAGGAUGUGCCUAUUUAGAUUGUUUUAUUUAGUUGUUUGCGUGUUACUUUAAAAGAAUUUUUGAG